UCUUAAAUGUGUUUUUAAAGUUACAAAAUUCGCAUUUUUGCUAUUUUUCUUGAGAGCAAGAGGUGUUUUUUUCCUACAUACCUCAAACUCAGGGCAUGCUUCCCAGUACUGUCACAAACAGCUCUAAGCUUUGUGCUCUUGUGACAGAUUUGGAUUGUAAAUAAUGCGGUUUACACCUUCAUGUCACUAUAAAAUGUCUGAAGUUAAGCAGAGGAAAAAAGGUAUUUCUUCAUUCAAGACCAAUGAAGGUUCUCAAAAGGUUGAGAAGCACAGUAAUUGUGGGAAGCUGGCAAGUCCCGGGACUAGCCAUAACUGGAGUUCCUUUUGGAUGGACUCACGAACAAGCUUCAGCAUAAUUUUCCUUGCUGUUUGUCUGGUGCUGAUCUGGUUCCUAUUUCAGCAGUCAGGUCAAUUUGCUGAUAUGGAAGAAAAGUACAGUUUCUUACAGCAAAAAGCUGAAAAAUUCCUGGAUGUGGAAAAUAAAAUUAACUUAAUUUCUGAAAAGCUUGAGUCUUCUGAAAGUAUCCUACAAGAAGCUGCUUCAUCCAUCACUGUGAUGACGGAGUUUGAGCAGGAAAUAUCUUCUCUUCAUAACAUCAUAAAUGAUAUUCAGAACAAUCAACAGACUCUCUCUACAAAGAUGCAGAGCAUUAACGAGAAGUUCCAAAAUGUUACAAAUUCCUGGAGAAGAAGCUUGGAUGAAAUGAACACAAACACUAGUGGUUUAAAAUCUGAAGCAAAGUUCAUACAUACAGAAGUUACUUCCCAAAUUAAUGAAUUUGACCAAAGAAUUAAAUCCCUUUCAGAGAGAGUAAGAGAUUCAGAAGACAGUACAGCCAGAAAUAUCAAAACACUAAAAAGGCAAGAAGAUGAUGAAUUCUCUAGAGUUGAACAUAAAUUGGACUUACACGCAAAGGCAGUUGAAAAGCUAGAAGAACAACAGAAUAGUCUGGUAGCCAAGGACACAGACCUGAAUCAGAAACUUGUGAACUAUGAACCUAAAAUGGAAGAGUGCAAAACCCAUUUGCCAACAAUUGAAAAUUCUAUUCACUCUAUUCUUAGAUUAUCAAGUGAAUUGCUAAGUAUGGAGAAAAAGAUAGAGGACUUGACAACACAGCUAUAUACUGUUGAAAAUCGUAUGUUGAAAACUGUUUCACAUACAAUGGUGAUGCAAAAGGUUCUUGAAGGCAUACAGUAUAAUGACAACAUACUGAAAAUGCACAAUGAAACAGUGGUUUUAGAAGGAGUAGUACAUGACAUAAAAGUAUCUUCAAAAGCAAAAGAAAGCUGUAACUUAGAAAAUGACCAGAAUGGGGAUAAGUGAAUUUAGACAUAGGGUUUUCACUGAUGAAAAAGUGUGUUAAUUUAUUAUAAAUAAUGCGAUUCCAACAUAUGUUAAGGACAGCCAAAUAUUGUCAUUAAUUUAAAUAGGCAUUGGAUCAGACUGAAAGGCAAACUAAAGAGCAAAAAAUACUGUUUUAAAGGAGGAAAGGAGUAUUUUAUUAAAUUAAGGAUUAUUUUCACCUUACUUAUUAAAAGUUCAUUUUUAUUAAAAAGUAAUAUGAAGCAAAGUAUGUAGAUUUAAGGAAAAAAAGUCAAAACCAGAGACAUCCGAUUACAAUUUAUAUUUAGUUUUCACUAUGUAGGUUUUUUUAUAUUUCUACUUUUUGUAUUAUAUUCCAUGAACUUGUAACACAACGAACAACUAAGUUCUUACCUCUAGGCAGAUAUACAUGUACCUCACUUUUAAUGUGUUAUAUACCAUAAUGUUUUUGUGCUUAUGGUUACAGACUUCUCAGUGUCAGAGUUGUUAACUGGAAUCUACAUAUUUUAUGUGCAGGAAAGAACUAAGUACAUUUUUAACAGUUGAAGCUUAGAUACAACAACAUUGCAGAGAACAAUAGUUAAGUACCCUUUACUGAGAACCUUCUCUUGUACUGAUAUUUGUAAGCAAGGGGUUACAUAACAGUUGAUGAUAUCUUUUAUUUUUUGAUGCCAUUUGAAUAGACACCUUAGAUGUCAUUUCUAGCCCUUUCAAACUUCUUAAAAUCAUUGGCAUAGUUUUGUUCUGCCAUUGAAGUCAUUGGACUACAUAUAGACUGAAGUUCUUAUUAACAUAUUCCUGUUAGCUGCUUCUUCCAUCAUUUAAUUUGCAAGUUUGGUGUGAUCAGUCACUGUAUUAGUUUGAGGUUGGGUUUUGUGGGUUUGUUUUGGUGCUGUGAGAAACAAGUUUAACCUUUUAUUCUGUAGAAUGUUUUCAGUUAGACAUUACAUGACAUGUCUGGUAUUGCUUUGCAUUUCAAAGGAAAAAAACAGUUUCACUGACAUUGUUUCCCAAAGAACUGCAAAAGCAAUUAAUGAAAGCCAUGGAGUUAUGUACUCAGAGGCUGGGAAUAUGUAAUUUAUCCAUGUCUAAUAGAUCUACUUACAUGGAAUGUAGUACUACCUAACAGGCCUGGUAGUUGUUCAUUGAACCUGAAUCUUGGGACUGCCAUAAACUUAUAUCUACAGGUUUAUCUUGAUAAUUUCCAAUUCCUGAUUUCUAAACUCAGCAAAGGAGAUUGCUUAGUAGACAAUGUGAACCCACAACAUUUAUGACUUAAUCAGGCUUAAAUGAAAUUAUUCUGGUUUUGUACAUUAAUUAUCUAGAACUCUACUGAAAUCUUCACUAAACAGUUAAUGCUGCCCAUUCAAGAGACUAUUAAACCAGCAUUUCUCAAUGUUACAAUCUUAACAUUUUCAUAAAUUACUUAAGUAAUAGAUUUGUAUGUUUACAGUCAUAUUCAAUAAAAUGUAGUGGAUUGCCCUGUCCUGGUAAAUAAUCUAAUUCAAAAUAAAUUGCUCUUCCAGAAAGGGUAUGGAAUAAAAACUUUAAUGUUCAGUGUUCCAUUAAGAAAUACUAUUCUAUAUGGAAAUGUUUUGUAAAUACUUUCCAUGAGUGCAUUCCCUUGUGUCUACUACAUACAUUUUUGGGGAAAGGUGGCUAUAUGACCAGUAGCAUGCUCCCCAAUUUAAUGUUGAAAGGUGAAUAUACACAAGAUUGAACAGGAAAUCCUCACCCUUAGAGAGCAUUACCUAGGAAACCAGUAUGACUGUCCACAACCUAAAUUUUGGUAUUUUGUUUUGAAGGAGACAGUUCUGUGCUACUGAGGAAUGACCAACACUACCAAGUUUAAUAUACUUGUUUCUUUGGUGAUAUUUUUACUAGUGUCAAGAAAAUGAUUAGUAUGGAACUAAUUAUAGCCUCUUAGAAUAUGUUCCAGCUUUUCUGUUUCUCUCCAAGUUCUAUGCUGACUUGUUAGGGAUUGAACAGGAUAGUAUCACUUGGGUAUUUUCCUUUCCUUUCUUCCUCUCAAAUUAGAAAACCAUGAACAAAUUGUUGAAAAAAAAAAAAAACCCAAAAGUGAACUAGAAAAUUCAGCCCAGAAUCUCAACAGCAGCAUGCAUGUUCCCUCAUUAAAAUAGCUUUUCUAGAGGCAGGCUGUUUUAAGUCAUGUUUUUCCUGUGAAGUAAUUUGUUAGCUAUUUCAACAAAAGGGCACCAUGCCUAUAUUCCUUUGGCUUUUUAUUCCAUUGAAUAGAUAUGAUUACCAAAAUAAAAACACCUCAGUUAACUAUAAUCCAUGAUUUCUGAGUAAGAGAAUUUUAAAGUAGGCAUCUUUCUAAAAUGUUUCUGAAUAUCUUCUGGAUCACAAAGGUUUUAGGUUUAAUACAAACAUUUCUCUAAAUCAGAAGACUGUAUUUGAUUACUUGUGUUUUCAGAAGUCAUGCUGGAAAGUCAUCUAGCACCUUCCUGUAACUUUUGCUAUAUAAUAGAAGCAGCAGUAACAUUUGAAUUUAUGUAUACUGAAAGGAAAAAAAAAGAAAUUUUCAUUUCUAUUGCAACAGAAAUUUAUUUCUUAAUGACAGGAUUUGCUCUCAAUUUCAGUAUCAAUAGUAAGAUAUUUUAUUAGUUUAUAGCUUUAAUUUUGAUAUGAGUUAUUAAACUAUAAAUCUUGUCAAAUAUUUUUAUUUGUAUCCCUCUAGUGUGAAAAGACUUGGA